CGCGUACUAAGCCUGGCCGUCUACUCGAUUUCAUCUCCCGUCACUAAGAUCACAGGUAAUUGGGCGUCUGAAUUUGUAUGAUUCAGAUCUGAGCAACCAGUGCGAGUCUUGGUUAGCCCGCACAACGAUAAAGCUUAUCUCAUCGUGUCAUUCGUGCUGCGCGGCCACUCUUUAACAAGUCGAAUCUCGACAUCCUGACCAUCAUAAUAUCCGACGCGUAGCAUCAUGGACAACAACAGCGGCGGCAGCAGCAGCAACAAUAACAAGUCCGUGCGCCGCCAACCGACUCCCCCUGUCACAGAAGUUCUCAAAGCUCCGGGGACAGUUUCUCCAGAUAGCUUUUACGCGUCAGCUUCAAAAUCGAGCGCAGGGCUUACGCCUCCACCAUUGCCACUGCGUCCGAGGAGCACUGCAGGAUCGGCCCACACAAAGGUCAACAUCGAACCCCCGCCAACCUAUGACACUGUAUUUCGCGAGCCCCAGCUUGUCUCAGAGGACACAAUCGGUAAUGAUCAGGUCCCUGCGCUCAUUCCUGCCGACGACCAUCACAACUGGCCAACUGUCGAGCACAGGUGGCCCGAAGAUGACUGGAGCAAAAAUGAAGCAUGGAAUGAACCGAUGCCGUGGGAUAGUACAUGGGCCGGUGGAACGUCGCAAAAAGUCAUGGAUAUUGACGCACGGGACCAGGAGGAGGAGACCAACUGGUGGGACGCGGAGCUACGGGGAACGAGAAAUCGUCCAGGGCCAGGAAUGCUCCCGCCUUUUGUUGCUGAAAUGUUGCACAACCCUGAACAUUCAUUGUUCUCGGUGAGCGUUACUGCGCCUGACAUAAGGCCGACUGGCGAUGUAUCCCCUUUCGUUCCUCCGAGCCAUGAUGAAAUCCUUCGCGCUGUUCCUCACGCCAAUACAUACUACUGCAGACGACACCAUGGUUGGGUGUUCCUCCAGUGGAAAACAUCCACUAUCCUCCCUCCCUUCGCAAAAUCAUUCGACCUCAAACAGCAUCCACCCCUCCCUGACCAAGACCGUCGUAAACGCACCGUCUCUUGCGCUGAAGAUUCUUUCGAGAAGUCCAAGAAAACCCACCACUUUCACUUCUACCCAAAGGCCGUUGAUUCGGGCCAGCUCAAUCCAGCAUUCCAUCGUGCCCCCUGGGAAGUUGCUGCGCAGAAGAAGCAGAGGCGCAGGAAGAUCACCUCUAUCAGUCUCGAUGACUAUGCACCCAAGGACUUAGAUGUCAAGAUGACCGAAGACCCGCCCGAGGGACAUGUAGAGGGCGAACUGCUUGAUCUUUAUGUCUGCUGCCAGUGCUCUGUCUAUUGCAUUGCCUCAGAAGCUAUGCCCGGUGUUGUUGCUCUUAAAUAUGUGGAAGAUUUUACAAAGUAUAGAUAUGAACAUCCUGCCAUCGGGAGGCAGCCUGAUGAGUCUGUUGUCAGUGGGUGGGAGACACUGAACACAAUUAUCGAAAACAAGUUAUGGAAAGGCAAGAACGGCCAGCUCCCCAUUUCCGGGAAGACGUUCCAGAACAAGAUCGGUUGGUCUUCAACUACGGGUUUUAUCUUCAAGCAACUUGGGUUUGAGCUUAUUACACGCAUCGAAGCUCCAGGCACGCCUGAGGAGAAGUCAGAAGACUUUCUGACGCCCCCAAACACUGAACCCAACAGUCCAGAAGGCCUGGAGGCACGUAUGAAGCUCCUGCGUUUCUGGGUCGAGACGAAUGCGUAUCUCGUAGACUAUCAACGUCGCUUCGCAACCGCGCUCAAGCACUAUACGCCACACCCUGUGUACGUCAAAAUCGACAGCGCUCGAGAGAUGUACCAGCAGGCGAUUGGUGCACACCCUGAUCAGAUCCCGAGAUCGUCCUCGUCGUAUCCGUUAGGUUCAUUGGCGGAGCACGUACCUUUGCUGCAGACGUGGAAGACAUUGGGAAUAACCCCUACAACAUGCUCUCCAGAUAUUCUCAUCUUCGCCUAUGUGGCCCAAUGUCGUUGUGACCCUGCCAAUACAAUACUCUACUUCACUCACUUCUAUGCCAUUGUCGCUGCAAUCCAAUUCCUCGGCGGCGUCCCUCCUCAAGAACUACAGACCCUCGUUUUUGAAGAGCGUUCUCGCGGGCGGUUCACGGAGGAGGACCUGCACAAUGCAGCCGCAGUUCUCGGAUUUGGCAAGGACGGCGCGCUACGCUUAGAACUUGAAGAUGACAUCGAAGACGACUUUCUUGCAGAGGCGUGGCGCACGGCCAUCAAAAAUGCAUGGCGUGACUCGAAGGAUUGUACACAGCUCCAACGCGACGCGAACGAUGCGUUCAGGAUCAUUGCACAGUCGAGGGGUAGUAAGAAGCUUAUGACGCUGUUUUCUGAGUCGUCGAAGAAUCAGAUGGACCCUUCACGUGCAUAUUCGGUAUUAGAGGUUUCUGCGGAUGUGGAUGAUGAGCUUGUGUUGACGGUGUUUAUGAUGCGGGUCGAGGAGCAACCCCAUCAAUCUGACAAGUGGCGUGAAGCAUUGAGAACAAUUGCAGAAGUGAGGGAUAGCAGCCGGCUGCGCCAUUUCCUAGAAGAAGGCAAAGAUCCUGGAGAUAUCGUGGCUCCAACGCGUGCAGAUCUUCCAAGAGGUCUCAAUCAACUUGGAAACACCUGCUAUUUGAACUCGCUGCUGCAAUACUUCUACACGAUCAAGGAGCUUCGCGAAGCUGUCGCUUCCAUGGCCAACAUUGACAUGAAGGCUCUUGAAGACGAGAAAUACUCGGAGGACGACCUCAAACGGCAUCGGGUUGGUGGACGGUUGAUUACGCGGCGCGAGAUCCUGCGAUCGAAAAAAUUCGUCAGUCAAUUGGCGGAUUUAUUUUGGCAGCUUCAAUAUUGUGAGAAUCAAUCUGUCACGCCGCCUAUCGACCUUGCGAAGUUAGCACUCGUGACAUCAAGAGACGAAGAGGAGGAGGAGGCUGACAGAGGCGGCACUGACUCAUCGAACGAUACAGAUGCGACACUUGUUGAGGACGGGCCUGUGCGGUCUUCGCCUGACUCAAAUGGUACAGUUCUCGGGAAGCGGCCACGCGAUGAACAACGCAUGGACAUGGACGUUGACGCACCCACGUCUCCUAUCACGGAAGAGAAGAAUGGGUAUGUCUUGAUUUCCCAGCCAUCUCCGUCUCGUGGGUCCAAGUCUCCUCGGCUGCAGGGGGGAAGCUCGUCAAGCACGAUGCCGCUGCCAUCCCCGCUUCCAGAUGUGGAAAUGGUGAACCAUGAGAACUCGCAGAUUGAGGAGCAGAAGAAGCCUCCUCCCUUACCUACACGCAAGCCUACUCAGUCAGACUCAGUUAUGAUGUUUGGAAAACAACAUGAUGUCUCUGAAUGCAUGGAUAAUUGCAUGUUCCAGAUUGAGAUAGCUCUCCUGAAGUUCGAUGUACUGAGCGACCCGGACAAUCAGAAUAGCGUUGUGAAGAGGCUCUUCUACGGGAAAUUGCGGCAAAGACUUACACAAGUCCCCGCCCAGCGGCGUCCUCGAACUUCGACCCACGAGAAAGAAGACCUCUUCUCCCAUCUUCCUGUGAAUGUGGCCGACAACGGCUUUGAUGUCUAUGAUGGCUUAAGCGGAUACUUUGACGAUGUAGUUGAUUAUGAAGGCGAGAAAGCAAGAAUGGAGGUGACGCUGGUUGAUCUACCACCAUUAUUGCAGAUUCAACUCCAGCGGGUGCAAUUUAACAGAGAGACCCUCCAACCAUAUAAAUCGCAAGCCUAUGUCAAAUUUGGCGAGACGAUAUAUAUGGACCGGUUUCUUGAUACCGCAGAUCCAGGGAAGAGGGCUAGGUCCAAGGAGGUACAAGCGGAACUGAACACGCGACGGGAACGUCUGCGCUUGCUAACACAGGAUAAGCACGCACCUUUCCCUACGUCGCUCAAAAGCACGCUUGAUUUCUUGUCAAAGCAAGAAACGAUUAUUCUCCCAGAUGUCGAUGAGGAGCUCGUCGCGAACCUCAACGGCGAACCGGAUAUUAUCGAGGCUGAGAUUGUCGAACUCAAGGACACGAUAUCGAAGCUGAAGGAGGAGCUAGAGAAUAUUUGGAAAGAUGAUACCUCGGUCGCAUAUGAGCUGACCUCGGUCUUUAUACAUCGUGGCUCAUCACCGUCAUUUGGACAUUACUUCUUCUAUUCCCGACAUUUACCGGAGCAACCUGAUAACUGGUUCAAGUACAAUGACCAUCAGGUUACGGAGGUAUCGAAAAACGAGGUCUUGGCUGACACUACUGGGUCCACUGCGAAUCCGUACUUGCUUGUUUUCGCAAAGAAGGACCGGGACAUUGUUCGUACUGUAAAUCGUUUUGAUCCGAUGGCUUUAGAGGAUAUUGAUACAUGAUCUGUAAUGUUGAUAUCCUAUGAUUCCUCUCAUGCACUAGCUGUGUUAUCUUGUCCCUCUGGUGGAUGAGCGCAUGCCGCGGUAGUGUAUGCUCACUUAAAAGACAUUUAAAUUUUUCUGUGAUCAUCUGUGGACUCAUCUGUAACCUAC